AUGGUAGAGGAUUUACCGAACGAUUUUGAGAAAAUUAGAUUAACGGAUGACGAGUCGAAAGUUAUUGGUGAGAAUUCUGUUGACGAUGAUGAUUCAAAUAAUCAAAUUGCUCUUUCGUUGGUAGGAAAACUUCUGACCUCUAAGCCCUUUAAUGUUGAGGCUAUGAAACGAACUUUGAUCUCGAUUUGGAAGUUACACGAUAAUGUUUCGAUUAAGAUGUUGGAGCCAAACCUUUUUGUUUCCCAAUUCUAUAGUGAGGCUGACAGAGAGAUGGUCCUCGAUGGUUGCCCAUGGUUCUUUGAUGGGAAACUAAUUGUCAUUAGGGAGAUAAACGGUGAAGAGCAACCCUCUGAAGUUUUUUUCCACCAUGCCCCUAUGUGGGUGCGAUUGGUGGAUGUUCCUUUCAGCAAAAGGAACAAGAAGACAUUGAUCGAAAUUGGUGAUUUCCUGGGCACGUUCCUGGAAAUUGAUGAUACGGAUCCUUUAGGUUGGGGCGAGUUUGUGAGGAUGAAGGUGAUGAUCGAUGUAGGAAAGCCUCUGAGAAGGGGCCUAUUCUUGGUAGUAGGUACCGCAAGCUCUAAGUGGGUGACGCUAAAGUACGAACGUCUGGAUGAAUUUUGCUUUUUCUGUGGAAGAUUGGAUCACACCGAUUCAAGUUGUUCUUACAAAGAUGAGGCUAGCGAAACCAAUGCUGAAAUAGUGUAUCAAUAUGGCCCUUGGUUGCGAGCGUCCCCAAGGAAAACCAUUCGCAAACCUGCUUCUGAGAUUGAGAGGGAGAAGAAGCUUAAAGAGAGGUUGACCUCUGCUAGAAAGGUUCGUAUCCCAAGCUACAAUGACCCGGAUGCUGUUAAGUUAGGACCCCCGGGUGUUGCUAGAAAGCUACAAUUUCCUCCACCCCGCCCCCGUGAAGCUUCCUUAGUCAAGGCAGUUGGUGUUAAAAGGAAAUUUAAAAGGAGAAAUGUUAGUAGUUUUGAAGGGGUGAUAGAUAGCUCUCUUAAGGGUGGUAAUAUGAAGGGGACAGGACAGAAAAGAAAUCUGAGGGAAGAGGUGCCUGAUGACUUGCUGAUAUCAGAGACUCAAAUUGUUAAAAAACAGAAACUUGAAAAUUUGGUACUUGCCGGAGACGGGAUAAAUCAAGUAAGGGGAGUUGGAUUGAGCCAACCCCCUGAAAAGCAAUGA